AAAACUUAGUUUGCCAGCUGGUGCUCUCUCAGCAGCUCAAGAAAGAGAUUUUGAGCUACAGGGCUAUGGAUUUGAUGCUGAACCAGAGCAACUGAGAAGGCCACGUAUUGUUCGAGUGGGACUGAUACAGAAUAAAAUUCCACUUCCCACAGACACAGCAGUGUCAGUCCAGGUGGCUGCACUGCACAGACGCAUUGCAGAGAUUGUGGAAGUAGCUGCGAAAUCUGGGGUCAACAUAGUUUGUUUCCAGGAGGCUUGGACCAUGCCCUUUGCUUUCUGUACAAGAGAGAAGCUUCCUUGGACUGAAUUUGCUGAGUCAGCAGAGGAUGGGCCAACAACAAAAUUCUGUCAAGAGCUGGCAAAGAAAUACAAUAUGGUUGUGAUAUCUCCAAUCCUGGAGCGAGACGAAACACACGGGGGAACAUUGUGGAAUACUGCAGUGGUCAUUUCUAGUUCUGGAGCUGUCCUUGGCAAAAGUAGAAAAAAUCACAUUCCAAGGGUUGGAGAUUUCAAUGAGUCUACUUAUUACAUGGAAGGAAAUACAGGACACCCGGUGUUUCAGACCCAGUUUGGAAAAAUUGCUGUGAAUAUCUGCUAUGGGCGCCAUCACCCUCUGAACUGGCUUAUGUUUAGUAUGAAUGGAGCAGAGAUCAUCUUUAACCCUUCAGCCACUGUUGGAAAGCUCAGUGAGUCAAUGUGGCCAAUUGAAGCAAGAAAUGCUGCCAUAGCUAAUCACUGUUUUACAUGUCCCAUCAACAGGAUAGGAACGGAAUACUACAAAAAUUCAUUUACUUCUGGAGAUGGUGGAAAAGCACACCAUGACUUGGGCUGUUUUUAUGGCUCAAGUUACGUAGCUGCACCAGAUGGCAGCAGGACACCAGGACUCUCUCGUGUUCGGGAUGGACUUCUGGUGGUAGAGAUGGAUCUGAAUCUUUGCAGGCAAGUCAGUGACAAAUGGAAUUUUAAGAUGACUGGUAGAUAUGAAAUGUAUGCAGACAAGCUCACUGAAGCAGUCCAGCCUUGUUUUAUACCCAAUAUAAUCAAAGAGAGAGCAUCUCAUUAA